GGUGGAAAUAGCAAUGGGUCUGGAAGAUUCAGAAGUUCCGUUUGUUUGGAUUAUCAGGAAACUGGAGAAUGAUGAGAAACAAAUGCCUUUACCUGAAGGACUCGAAGAUAGAAUAAAAGAGAAGGGUUUGAUAAUAACUGGCUGGGCACCCCAAGUUCUAAUCCUCGACCAUCCAGCAGUUGGUGGGUUCAUGACUCACUGCGGGUGGAACUCAGUACUUGAAGGCAUUACUGCAGGAGUUCCAUUGAUCACUUGGCCUGUGUUUGGAGAGCAAUUCCAUAACCAGAAGUUUGUUACAGAAGUUGCAAGGAUAGGAAUUCAAGUUGGAGUUGAGAAGUGGAAUUUUUGGAUAGACGCGAAGAAUGUGUCGGUGAAGAAGGAGAAGAUUGUUAAAGCAGUAACACAGUUAAUGAGCAGUGAUGGAGAGGAAAUGAGAAAUCGAGUGAAGCGACUCAGUGAAAUGGCUCUCACCGCUGUAAAAGAAGGUGGCUCAUCUUAUACAAAUUUAACAGCUUUAAUCGAGGAACUGAAAAACAAAUAUAACAUGACUUAAGAGAUGGCUAGUUCUCAAAAUUGGCAAGUUCAA